AUGCUGUUACACAUCAAUACAACUAUAAAAUACUUUACCAUCACUGGAUUCCCUGGACUUCUACCGGAGUACUAUGAACCAGUGUCUAUUCUACUUUUCCUCCUUUACCUUGUUAUCGUUGCAGGAAAUGUUUUUAUUAUAAUCUUUAUUGCAUAUGUAGGGACUCUUCACAAACCACCAUACUGGAUCUUUUUCCACCUUGCAAUGACAGACAUCAUAUUUGGCACCGUGACACUUCCUAAAGUUAUUUCCAGGUACUGGUGGAAUGAUGAGGUGUCUUCAUUUGCUUCCUGCUUUGCACAGAUGUAUUUUGUCCAUGCUAUGGGAGCUACUCAUUCUUUAAUUUUGCUGAUGAUGGCUUUAGAUCGGUUUGUUGCUAUAUGGUUUCCUUUUCAGUAUCCUGUUGUUAUCACAAACAAAUCGAUUUCUAUUGCUUGCUGCGUCUGUUGGACUGUGACGUUGAUACGGAUGGUUGGUGUCGUGUCUCAUGCCUUAACUUUGUCUUACUGUGACAAAAACAUAAUCAAACAAUGCUACUGUGACCAUUACACAAUAACUAAUCUUGGGUGUAAUACUGAUGAAGUUGUUUUCGUUAAAUGGGUGGCUCUUUAUAUGGCUUUAAUCGGUCUCCUAGUUCCUUUAAGCUUCAUAAUCUUCUCUUACUUUUCUAUUAUUAUCGCCGUUCUGAAAACGUCUCAAGCUGAAAGCCGCUACAAACUGUUGGCCACAUGUGCACCUCAGAUUUUUAUCACCUGCCUUUAUUAUGUACCAAGAUGUUUUAUUUACAUCGCCACCAAUCUGAAUUUCAAGAUCGAGCCUGAAGCCCGAGUUGUUAUCACCAUGAUGUACAGCCUCAUACCCGCCGCAGUUAAUCCACUUAUAUACUGUUUCAAGACAAAAGAUAUUAAAGAAGCUUUAUUACAAAUAUUAAAAAAAAAAAAGUUAACUUUGCAAUAA